AUGGUUAUCGGUGUGUGUCGUUUUUAUGCGACCGGGUACUAUCUCUAUGGUACCUGGAUAGUGCCGGGUCGGUAUCUGCAGACUACCGGGUAGGUACCUGACUUUCGCGAUUGCUUCUGGGCAGUCUGGCAUUGCUUCCCGGGUUAUUUUUUGUUUCUGCGUGAGACAAUAAAAUCUUGGAGCACUUGGAACGGUUUCAAAAAAAAAUCUGGUUAUAAACAAACGGUGUGCCAGCCAAUAGCAAUCGCGAAUUCCAGGUACCUACCCGGUAGCAUCCAGAUACCGACCUGGUACUAUCCAGAUACCAUUGCGAUAGUAUCCGGUCGCUUACAAACGACCACCGAUUACGAUACGCCAAUUGACUUUCAAGUUGCUACCCGGUACCUACGUGUAUCCCCCGAUUACUCCGUGUUUAUCCGCACCAAAUUCCGAAUCCCCGGCCAAAUAAGGCAGUUAAACAUGAUUCAUUUGAACAUUGAAUAG